UCACAUCAGAGCAAGGGAGUGAAUCAAAUUUAUAAACAGAAUAAGCAAUUUUACGUAUGAAGUAUUAUUCCAGCGUGCUGGCUCUUAGCUGUUUGGAUCUAUCUCCUGUGCAAGGUCCACACACCAAAACCAAAGAGAUGACGGUAAAUCCCGGUGGACGGAGGCUGAGGCAGUGGCUGAUUGAGCAAAUUCACAGUAACCUUUACCCCGGUCUCCUGUGGGAGGACGAGGAGCGGACCAUGUUCAGAAUCCCCUGGAAACACGCGGGGAAGCAGGACUACAACCAAGAGAUCGAUGCCUCCAUUUUCAAAGCCUGGGCAGUGUUCAAGGGAAAGUUUAAAGAAGGGGACAAGGCAGAGCCAGCCACAUGGAAGACCAGGCUGCGUUGUGCUUUGAACAAGAGUCCUGACUUUGAAGAAGUGACAGACCGGUCCCAACUGGACAUUUCAGAACCGUACAAGGUCUACAGGAUUGUCCCAGAGGAGGAGCAAAAGACAGGCAAAAGCACAGCCAUGAGUGUCAGUGAUGUCACAGACAUGGAAUGCAGCUCUGCAGAGCUGGAAGAACUCAUAAAAAAGUCUUCCAGUGAGGAUUACCGGCCCAAUAUUAAGAGCUGCCAUUCCCCGCCCCAGGAGCCCAGCAGAUCCCAGCCCACUCCGGAGUGGUGGUCCCCGAGCGGUCUGAACCCCAUGCUUUUGAAUCCAGAUCCUACACCGCCUGGCAGUUUUAAUUCAGCCUUCUCGCAGAUGAUGAUCACGUUCUUCUACGGCGGCAAGAUGAUGGGCAGCACCAUGACCACUCACGGGGAGGGCUGCCGCAUCUCGCCCUUCCAGCCGCCCGUGAUGAACGAGAUGCUCUACGGCGGCGACAGCCUCCAGAGCAUCCGCUUCCCGCCCGUGGAGAUGAUCGAGCACGAGAGGCAGCGCCACGUCACCCGGAAGCUCUUCGGCCACCUGGAGCGCGGGGUCCUGGUGCGCGCCAACCGCGAGGGCGUCUUCAUCAAGCGCCUGUGCCAGAGCCGCGUCUUCUGGAGCGGACUGUGCGCCCAGUACAGCCCCGGGCCCAGCAAGCUGGAGCGGGACGCCGUCGUCAAGAUCUUCGACACCGGCAGGUUCCUGCAAGCUCUGCAGCUCUAUCAGGAGGGCCAGUAUUCAGCCCCCGACCCCACCAUCACUCUGUGUUUCGGGGAGGAAUUCCAAGACAUCAACACUGCCAAGAACAAGCUAAUAAUCGUCCAGAUCACACCAGUGAACUGCCAGCAGCUGCUGGACGCGGUCAACACCGUGCGCUCCCAGUACAGCAGCGCCAACCUGCAGAUCUCUGACGAGAUGCCGAGCGAUCAGCUGGCUCGGAUCUCCCAGGACCUCUGCAGCUACAACGCUCCACAGCGCUGCUUCCGUGAGAACAUCCCCAUCACCGUCUGACCUGCCGGGCACGGCGAGAUGCGCUUCGGUUCUGUCCGCGACCCGGGUUCCGUCCGCGACCCGGGUUCCGUAUGAAAGUAUGCAGGACUGUGAGCUAUAGACCUACUGUAUUUAAAACGGGCUGGGAAGCCUGAUUUAGAUGCCUGAAGUUGAAUUAAUUAAUUUCCUUCCUGUUCAAGAUUCAAGAUAAUUGAACUUGUGUAAUCAGUAUGACACAGAUAGGUUUUACUAUCUAUGAGUGCUUGUGAUUAAAUAUAAAUAUAUGGUAUUUUUUUAUUGAAAAUGUGAAUUCAAGGGCUAAUCCUUUCAAUCCUGUAUAUUUUCUUAAAAAUGUGUUUGAUUAACAUGCUUAUAAACUGAUUUUUAAAAACGAA